CGCGCCGACCAUGUCGGCGGCCAAGGAGAACCCGUGCAGGAAAUUCCAGGCCAACAUCUUCAACAAGAGCAAGUGUCAGAACUGCUUUAAGCCCCGCGAGUCGCAUCUCCUCAACGACGAGGACUUGACGCAGGCAAAACCUAUUUAUGGUGGCUGGCUGCUCCUGGCUCCAGAUGGGACUGACUUUGACAACCCAGUGCAUCGGUCUCGGAAAUGGCAGCGGCGGUUCUUCAUCCUCUACGAGCACGGCCUCUUGCGCUAUGCCUUGGACGAGAUGCCCACAACCCUGCCUCAGGGCACCAUCAACAUGAACCAGUGCACAGACGUGGUGGAUGGGGAGGGCCGGACAGGCCAGAAGUUCUCCCUGUGCAUUCUGACCCCUGAGAAGGAGCAUUUCAUCCGGGCAGAAACCAAGGAGAUCAUCAGUGGAUGGCUAGAGAUGCUUAUGGUCUAUCCCAGGACCAAUAAGCAGAACCAAAAGAAGAAGCGGAAGGUGGAGCCUCCCACACCACAGGAACCAGGGCCGGCCAAGAUGGCUGUCACCAGCAGCAGCAGCAUUCCCAGUGCUGAGAAGGUCCCCACCACCAAGUCUACACUCUGGCAGGAAGAAAUGAGGGCCAAGGACCAGCCUGAUGGGAGCAGCCUCAGUCCAGCUCAGAGUCCCAGCCAGAGCCAGCCUCCUGCUGCCAGCACCCUGAGGGAACCUGGGCUGGAGAGCAAAGAUGAGGAGGGCACCAUGAGCAGCGACCGCAUGGACUGUGGCCGCAAAGUCCGAGUAGAGAGCGGCUACUUCUCCCUGGAGAAGACCAAGCAGGACUUGAAGGCCGAGGAGCAGCAGCUGCCCCCGCCGCUCUCCCCUCCCAGCCCCAGCACCCCCAGCAACAGGAGGUCCCAGGUCAUUGAGAAAUUUGAGGCCUUGGACAUUGAGAAGGCAGAGCACAUGGAGACUAACUCAUCAGCCGGGCCCUCGCCAUCAAGCGACACUCGCCAGGGCCGUAGCGAGAAGAGGGCAUUUCCCAGGAAACGGGACCUCCCCAGCGAAGCCCCCACAGCUCCUCUCACGGACACCUCGGCCUCCCCCCUGUCUCCACACCGAAGAGCCAAGUCACUGGACAGGAGGUCCACGGAGUCCUCCCUGACGCCCGACCUGCUGAAUUUCAAGAAAGGCUGGCUGACCAAGCAGUAUGAGGACGGCCAGUGGAAGAAACACUGGUUUGUCCUUGCUGAUCAAAGUCUGAGAUACUACAGGGAUUCGGCGGCUGAGGAGGCGGCUGACUUGGACGGGGAAAUCGACUUGUCUACGUGUUACGAUGUCACAGAGUAUCCAGUCCAGAGAAACUAUGGCUUUCAGAUACAUACGAAGGAGGGCGAAUUCACUCUUUCUGCUAUGACAUCUGGAAUCCGGCGGAAUUGGAUCCAGACCAUCAUGAAACACGUCCACCCAAGUUCUGCUCCAGACGUGACGAGCUCACUGCCAGAGGAAAAGAACCGGAGCAGCUCCUCCUUUGAGACCUGCCCGAGACCAAGUGAGAAGCCAGAGGCGGAGCGUGGAGAGCCAGACCCCGAGCAGAAGAGGAGCCGGGCUCGGGAGCGGAGGCGGGAGGGCCGCUCUAAGACCUUUGACUGGGCUGAGUUCCGCCCCAUCCAGCAGGCCCUGGCUCAGGAGAGGGCCAGCGCCACGGGGGCUUCUGACGCCCACCCCGAGGCUGAGGCCGGCGAGCUGGAGCGGGAGCGUGCGCGGCGGCGGGAAGAGCGCCGUAAGCGCUUCGGGAUGCUCGAUGCCACAGAUGGGCCGGCCGCUGACGACACGGCCCUGCGGAUGGAGGUUGACCGCAGCCCGGGGCUGCCUGUGACUGCCGACCUCAAGACACAGAACGUCCACGUGGAGAUCGAGCAGCGGUGGCAUCAGGUGGAGACCACUCCUCUCCGGGAAGAAAAGCAAGUGCCCAUUGCCCCCCUGCACCUGUCCUCCUCCGAGGAUGGAAGUGACCGGCUCUCCGCUCACGAGCUGACCUCUCUGCUGGAGAAGGAGUUGGAGCAGAGCCAGAAGGAGGCCUCGGACCUUCUGGAGCAGAACCGGCUCCUGCAGGACCAGCUGAGGGUGGCUCUGGGCCGGGAACAGAGCGCCCGGGAGGGCUACGUGCUGCAGGCCACGUGCGAGCGCGGGUUUGCAGCCAUGGAAGAAACGCACCAGAAGAAGAUUGAGGACCUGCAGAGGCAGCACCAGCGGGAGCUGGAGAAGCUGCGAGAGGAGAAGGAUCGCCUCCUGGCCGAGGAGACGGCGGCCACUAUCUCAGCCAUUGAAGCCAUGAAGAAUGCCCACCGGGAGGAGAUGGAACGCGAGCUGGAGAAGAGCCAGAGGUCCCAGAUCAGCAGCAUCAACUCGGACAUCGAGGCCCUGCGACGACAGUACCUGGAGGAGCUGCAGUCGGUGCAGCGGGAGCUGGAGGUCCUCUCGGAGCAGUACUCCCAGAAAUGCCUGGAGAAUGCCCACCUGGCCCAGGCGCUGGAGGCUGAGCGCCAGGCCCUGCGGCAGUGCCAGCGUGAGAACCAGGAGCUCAAUGCCCACAAUCAGGAGCUGAACAACCGCCUGGCUGCGGAGAUCGCACGGUUACGGACGCUGCUGACCGGGGACACGGGCGGAGAGGCCGCUGGCUCCCCGCUCACACAGGGCAAGGACGCCUAUGAGUUAGAGGUAUUACUGCGGGUCAAGGAGUCAGAAAUACAGUACCUGAAACAGGAGAUCAGCUCUCUCAAGGAUGAGCUGCAGACAGCGUUGCGGGACAAGAAGUACGCUAGUGACAAGUACAAGGACAUCUACACGGAGCUCAGCAUUGUGAGGGCAAAGGCCGACUGUGACAUCAGCAGGUUGAAAGAGCAGCUGAAAGCAGCAACGGAAGCACUGGGUGAAAAAUCCCCCGAAAACACCCCCGUGUCAGGAUACGAUAUAAUGAAAUCUAAAAGCAACCCUGACUUCUUAAAGAAAGACAGAUCCUGUGUCAGCCGGCAACUCAGAAACAUCAGGUCCAAGAGUCUGAAGGAAGGCCUGACGGUGCAAGAACGCUUGAAGCUCUUUGAAUCCAGGGACUUGAAGAAAGACUAGCCGUGUCCCGUUCCACUUGAACACACACCGCUCCCAGCCUGCGGCAGCGCUACCCUAUACCUUCAUUUUUUAUUAUUGUUGUUGUUGUUACUGUUGUCAUUACCUGUGGGUAUGGAUGCAUGAGAGACUGGUUUAUGGGUUGUUCACACCGUUCUCUGCUGUGUUGAUUCCAGCUUCCUAUGUCUCUGUCAAAGCUGGUUUUUCCCGUGGUAUUCUCAAAUUAGUCAAGCAGCGGGGGCCAGGAGGGC